UUGUUAUUUUUAGAGACAUACACAUCGGGUCCAGCGUUCGUCCGACCCGUCGGCAAUCAGACAGCGGCAAUUGGACGUGAAGCUGUGUUUUCUUGUUACGUCCGUAACAUCGGAAAAUACAAGGUAGGAUGGCUGAGAGCGUCGGACCAAACUGUUCUCUCAUUGGACACACGAAUCGUGACCCACAAUAAUCGCAUCGCAGUUUCUUAUGAAGCCGGUGGUUGUUCCGGCACGUCCAACGCUAUCUCCAUGGGUUCUGGGGCCGGCGGACUCGUACCAGCGGUGGCACCAGUAGCAGCACCAGUUCAUGGCGUGAUUGGAAGCAAUCAGGUGAUGGACGAGGGCGUCAACUGCACGUGGCGGUUGCAUAUACGCCACCUGAAAAAGUCCGACGAGGGAUGCUAUAUGUGUCAAAUCAAUACAUCACCUAUGAUCUCCGAGCUCGGAUGUUUAUCUAUUUUAGUGCCACCGGACAUUGUUUACGGGGACGAAACGAGCAAGGACUUGUCAGUGACGGAGGGUGAAAACGUCACACUCAAUUGUCAAGCCACAGGGACGCCGAAGCCGAGAGUUUCUUGGCGACGAGAGGACGGGCAGCACAUCCUCAUCAGGAAUUCGACCUCGUUCUCGAGUUCCUAUAGUGGCAAGAGCUACAAUUUUAAAAAAGUGGAAAUUUACAAUGAGUCAAAGCUGCAUUUUUAUCGAGUGGAUAGACAGCAAAUGGGUGUUUAUAUGUGUAUUGCUACCAAUGACGUUCCACCUACUGUCAGCAAACGUGUCGCACUCGAAGUAAAUUUUGCACCAACGGUGCAAGUUCAGAGCCAGCUGCUAGGAGCACCAUUGGGUACUCGAGUGCAAAUGGACUGCUCUAUCGAGGCACAUCCUAAUACGAUAAACUUUUGGGAGAAGAACCGAACGGAAAUGCUGGUCGACGGGCCAAAGUACGAAAUCCACGAAGAACGUUCCGGCUACCAAGUACUAACAGCACUUGUGAUAAAAAAAUUUACCGAGCAAGAUGAGGGUAUUUAUGUCUGCACUGCCUCGAACAUUUUAGGAAAAGCCGAGGGUACUUCACGACUCUACAGAUUGGCAGAGGCAGCCCGUGGCUCGAGAUCAUCAUCGAAUACACGGCCAACCAGUCUGUUCUUUAUAUCACUCGGAGCGAUAUCACUAUUCUCCCAUAGUCUCUGUUCGUUGCGGUGA